AUGCUGAUCCGUUUACUUAAUGUGGCUCUGAGUAUUCUAUUAGCAUAUGCUUUGCAAGAAGGUCGCAAUUCUCAAUCUGUUGAUAUCGAUGGUUAUGAACAGUUCACUAAUCAGUCACUAUUUUGGGCUCCUUACAGAUCCAAUUGCUACUUUGGAAUCAGACCACGUUAUGUCAAUGAUCAUCCAUUUAUGUUUGGACUUAUGUGGAUGGAUUCAACACACUUGGAAGCCAUGAACAAACUUAGGCACCUUGUUGAUCAGAAUGAUAAAUUAGAUAAAUAUGGCUGGGAGGUCUAUGAUCCACGAAUCGGUGGGAAGCAAACCAUUUUAGAUCUCGAUAAUAAUGUGAACUUAACCAUAUAUUACUUUAAGAGUCGUGAUGGAGCUAAUUGGGGAGCUCGUAUUCGGGGCGAACCUAUUGAUUCGCAGAAGCUCAGCACCACAUCUCUAGUGCUAUACAUGAAUCAAAACGGUGGCAGAGAAAAUAGUCAUCUUGUCAGGUCAGAACCUGAUAGCUAUGGAAGCGAAAACAUUAAGCUCCGUGGUCUUGCACCCGAAAUGGGUGAAUAUGACAUCUCGAUUAACGAUUUGUCUGGUCUAUACUAUAGCAAAGGUGCUCCCCUACAUCCUGAUUUGGAUAGCUCGAAAACAGCUCAUAUGUCUUUAACUGUUCCUGAUGAUCAAGUUUGGAUUGCUCGUGACAUCUUGCAGACAUUGGUUGGCGAAUCGAUACAAACGAUUACCAGUUCAAGUAACAAAAUCGAUCCGGUGUCUUUUCCCUCCGUCUUUACCAUCAGAAACAUGCAUGACUUUCCACCAGGUAACUUUCAUUUCAUUCAAAAAACGUUUGAUUUAGAUAAGCCAUUUGAGUUUGAUAUUAUAUUCAACAACAAGGCUUCUAAACAGCAAAUAAAGUCGAGUUCAGAGUUUUCUGCUAUGAUUGAAUGGGGCUUAAACGAAAUUAAUAACCGCUUUGAUAAUAAGUUUCAUAUUCAGCACCCAGAGCAUAAGAAAUUUGCUCAGGAGACUCUUUCAAAUUUAAUGGGCGGAAUUGGAUACUUUUACGGAACUCAAUUAGUCGACCGGACAACAGAAUUCGACGAUGAACAGUUUGAAAAAAUAGAGCUCAGUCAUCCUGAAGAAGAAGGACCAUUACAACUGUUUAGUUGUGUCCCAAGCAGAGCAUUCUUCCCUCGUGGUUUUUAUUGGGAUGAAGGGUUUCAUUUACUACAAGUUAUGGAGUAUGAUUUCGACCUUGCAUUUGAAAUCAUGCAAAGUUGGUUUGAACUAAUUGAAGAAGAUAGCGGUUGGGUUGCUCGUGAAUUAAUACUCGGAAACGAGGCCAGAAGUAAAGUACCCGAGGAAUUCCGUGUUCAAAAUCCGAAUAUCGCAAACCCACCAACACUACUCUUAGCAUUCAGUGAGAUGCUGUCACGAGCAUUAGCAGAACAGGAUGAUCACAACUCACAAGGAGAAGAAUUAAAUACAUUUCCUUUCAGCACAGAAGAGCUAGAAAGACAGCCAGAUCUUUUGAUUGUACGAGCCAAGAAGAUCUUCCCCAAAUUACUCAAACAUUAUGAUUGGUUUACGAACUCUCAGCGCGGCAUGGUUGAAGAGUACGUAGAUUAUGUGGAUGAAAAAGUUCAUCCCAUGGAAGCAUUUAGGUGGAUAGGAAGAACCUUUACGCACUGCUUACCUAGUGGCAUGGAUGACUACCCUAGAGCACAGCCACCAGAUGUCGCAGAGUUGCAUGUAGAUACAUUGGCAUGGGUCGGUGUCAUGACAAGAUCGAUGAGAAAGAUUGCAGCUGUGUUGAGUCUCAAAGAAGAGGAAGAAAAGUUUGCUGCCAUUGAGAAAAACGUUAUAGAGAACUUGGAUAUUUUACACUGGAAUCCAGAUGAUAACUGUUACUGUGAUAUAACUAUAGAUGACGAAAGUGAGGAUGUGCGAGAGUUUGUCUGUCACCAAGGUUAUAUCUCAUUGCUACCAUUUGCCCUAAAACUCAUGACUCCUGAUUCCCCCAAAUUGAAAUAUCUGGUUGACUUGAUGUCCGAUUCUGACAAGCUGUUUACCGGUUUUGGCCUGGCUUCAUUGUCGAAACAGGAUGAGUACUUCGAAACUGGUGAAGUCUACUGGAGAGGCCCGGUCUGGAUCAAUAUAAAUUACUUAUGCCUCGACGCCUUGGUCUACUAUUUUCAAGAAAACGAGUGCACCGAUAUGGAAACGCUGGGGAAGGCUCGUUCGUUGUAUUCCUCCUUGAGAGAAAAUAUAAUCUCCAACAUGUAUCGUGUGUGGGCUCAUGACGGCUUCGUUUACGAGAACUAUAACCACAGAACUGGCAAUGGGACAGGCGUUCGCCAUUUUACCGGAUGGAGUGCGCUCGUUGUGAAUAUUAUCGGUAGAUUGCCUGAACAAUUAUAUUAA